CGAAAACGCGCUGAACGAAAGUGGUUUCCGGUAACGGUACAGCGAGCGUAAACAAGAUAAAUAGUUAUUGUAACAGUCCGUACAGGAUGAGGACAGGAUGACUUUAAUCUUGCUGCUUCUUUUUUGUUCUGUUUCAUCUCCAGUGAGACACUCGCUGAUAAACUACUUCACCGGAUCUGCUGGAGCCCCAAAUGUCACACAGUUUGUGGGUGUUGCUGUGGUUGAUGGCGUUGAGGCAGUUUACUGUGACAGCAGCAACAAGAUACUGGAACCAAGACAGGACUGGGUGAAGAAAGUAUUUGAUAAUGACUCUCAGCUGUUGGAGUGGUACAAACACGAGUGCUUUAACAUUCAGCCAAGCGCCUUCAGAGCGCGGAUUAUUAGUUUGAAACAGCAGUUCAACCAAAGUGAAGGUUUUCACAUCUUACAGACUAGAAGUGGCUGCGAAUGGGAGGAAAACACUGGAGAGAAGUCUGGCUUUUUGAAGUAUGGCUAUGAUGGAGAAGACUUUCUAGAACUGGAUCUGAACACACUGUCGUGGGCUUCACUGAAACCAGAGGCUGAGGCUACCAAACGGAGCUGGGAUGCUGACAGGAACAGAACAAAACUAAAUGAAGUCUUCCUCACUGACAUCUGUCCAGAGCGGCUGAAAUCAUUUUUGGACUGCGGGAACAGCUCCCUGCAGAGAACAGUUCCUCCUUCAGUGUCUCUCCUCCAGAAGACUCCCUCCUCUCCAGUCAGCUGCCACGCUACGGGUUUCUACCCCGACAGAGCCGUGAUGUUCUGGAGGAAAGAUGGAGAGAAGGUUCAUGAAGGUGUAGAGAUAGGAGAUAUCCUCCCCAACGAUGAUGGGACCUUCCAGAUGAGUGUUAAUCUGAAUGUUUCAUCAUUCACACCUGAAGAGUGCAGCAGAUUUGAUUGUGUGUUUCAGUUCUCUGAUGUGGAGAAGAUCAUUGUCACAAAACUCAAUAAAACAUUGAUCCGAACAAACUGGAAGGAAAAAAUGACAAAAGAGAAGUCCUCCAACAGGGCCAUCACUGUCAUUGUUGUUCUUCUUGUUUUCAUCCUCGUUGCUGUCGCUGGAUUUGCUUUUUACAAAAAGAAGAAAGAAAAACACUUUACACCUUCUGCUGUCAACAUCUGUGAACUCUCUGAGGGAAAGAAUGAAGUCACCACAUAAACAAGCACAGUGUUACAUAAGUACAUAAGUCUACACACAUCCAGUUAACCAAGUGAAGAGCAAAGAAGAUUGUUGUGUCUUGAUGCAUGCUCAAUCAUCCAGGAAAGGAAAUCAUCUGGACGUAGCGUUUUCAGUGGGAGAAACGUUUCAUCAAUCAUGACUAUUUGCAUAAUUAUGAUCAAGACCCUGACUUCCCAGCCCAUUGUUCAUCAGUGGGCCAGUUUCAGUAAUUGUGCAAAUGUACUGUUUAUAAGGCUGGGGAAACCUGCAGUCAGCUGAGACCGAAGAAGUCGCUUUGAUGAGGGAUGAAACAUUUCUCCGACUGAGAAUGCUACAUCCAGAUGAACAGAAUCAAGAUUGUUUUUUUGGUCACAUGUCAUUCAGUUUUUUCUGAAAAAGAGAAACCUCAGUCUGCUCUUACUCAGGAAUUACUAAAUAAUUUCUAAACUGGAGUUUUUAUGAUCUCUAGGUGAUUAGGGGAGUGUGGUUCAGCUCAAUAAUUGAUCUUAUAAAUGCUAAAAAUAUUUUGCUAAUUUUCACAAAGACAGAGGCCUGAAGAUCUUCAGCACUAUCCACUAACACUAAGCUAUCUGCUCUGCUUCUUUACAUUCUUACCUGUGACACAGGAACCUUCUCUGCUAUCAAAGUAAAUGUGUGUUCAUCAGUUGUUCAUUGUAACUGUGACACUGCAAAAAUAUUGCCAUGAUUGUAUGUGACACCAGUCAUAGCAGGUGUCUGUCUGUCUGCAGUUCUUCAGUUCUAGCUGACGUUCUGAAAAUUUUCUUAAGAAUAUUUCAUCUGUUUUGUGUUUCUUUUCUGUUUCUGUCUAUGAAGUAUUUUAUGAAGUGUUAAUUAGGAGUUAUAGAGAAUCCUUGAAUAUUUUAUAUUUUAUACUUAAUCUGAGAGACCUUAUUAAAACAAGGUAAAUAAGGCACAAAUACACAAAAAUCUUUUUUUUUUUUAAAUUAAUACAAUGAUCUUUAUAUUUGUAAAUAAAUAAACAUCCUCAUUUUCUAUGUCUUUAGUGUUAUUGAAGCUGGAAUGCCAUCUGAUGUAUGGAUGCUGAUCAAUAUGCUUGUUUGUUUUGUAUUAUGGGAACCUGACCUUUUAUAGGAAAGAUUUUUAGUGUUUUCCUAGAAUAUAAUAACUUUAUAUUCAUUAUACUUGAUCAUUUUAAUUUCCCUUAAAUGAAAUAUUAAGAGAAAGGAUACGUUUCAUAAUUGACUGUUCAUACUGUAAAACAGUAGGGUCUUACUGACUUUGCCUGAAUAUUCUUUAUUAUGAAAUUGAUGAUCAUCAAUUUCAUAAUAAAGAAUAUUACUGUUAUAUUAUGCUAAUAGCAAUCGAUUGCUAUUGCUAUUAGCAUCAUCAGUAACAGAGAGAAACGAUCCACAGAGAUGGCUUACGAGGAGGGCGUUUCUAGAAUUUUGAAACUGGGGACUUGGCUCUGAAAUGUCUUGAAUUUUCAGCAGAACCUUUUUAAGGUUAUUUACUACAUUUUAUUAGGAAAUGAAUAUCAAAUGUCAAACACUGUGCUAGCUAAAGCUUGAAGUCAGGUGUGUUCAGCUGUCUUUCACAGAAUGAUAAUGCAAUAAACAGUGCAAUAUGA